AUGAGACUUUUUUCAACAUUUUUGUUCGUUUUCAUCAUAAAUUACGCAACUUCAAAAAAAUUCAAUUGCCCAUCGCCCGACGGAGUUUUUGCUGACAAACAUCACUGCGACUUAUAUUUUUCCUGCAAAUCUGGAGUCCCCGAGUUACAAGAAUGCCCCAAUGGAUUAGUUUUUAACGCUUCUCUGCCUUCAGAUACGAAAGAAUAUCCUUGCGUUCAUUUAAAACACAUCGAUUGCGGGCGUCGAAAGCUUCCCGAACCAAACAACGCUUGUGAGGAAUGUUCUUACGAUUUCGAAACAAAAAUCAUUGGAGGUCCCUCUGAAUGCAAUCGAUACCGAAUUUGCUCAAAUGGCGCUCCAACGGAUUUGAGUUGCCCGGAAAACUUGGCGUUCAAUGUGAAAAGCGAAACUUGCGAAUGGUCCGAUUUGGCGGAAGAUUGUGACAUUGAGGCUUUUACGGGAUUCAAAUGUCCUCAAAAUGCAGGAAAUGGGCAAUAUUUCGAAAGUCCUCACAAAUGCGAUCAUUAUUUUAUUUGUUACAACGGGAAGCCACGAUGGAUGAUUUGCGCCAAAGGAAAACUUUUUGAUCCAAAAUCGGCUGAUUGUGUCAAGCCGAAAUUUUUGAAGAGCGGAAAAUGUUAUCGAAACACGAAAAGUCAGCUGAAAAAAGGAAAAACAGAAGAAAAAUUAGUUGAAAAGUUGAAAAAAGAUGAAACAAAGACAAAAAAUGUUAAAGUUGAGAAUGAAGAAAAAUUUAAAAAAUUGAAAGAAUCGAAAAAAUCUAAAAAUUCUAAAACAAAGCUUGAAAUGAUGGGCGAUGACUUCACCGAAGACGAAAAAUUUCCAAAAGCAAGCAAGUAG